AUGUCGUUGCUCAGCAGCAAUGUGGUGAACUAUCUCGGUACCUUUCCCCACAGCCGCACACGCAUCCACCAUGCGCCAUGCCACGCUUCUCUAACCCUGCGCGCAGUUUGGCGAUACCUCCAGGAAGCCGGCUUCGGCAACGCCGCCCUGCAGCUGUCACGAUGCUGGAUCCGCGACCCCGAAACUCUGCCUUUUGCGCGGAACGUGGAACCGCACACGCUCAUCCGGAUCCUCCAGGAUGGCAUGUGCUUUGACGAUCUGCAGGCAGAGGCGACAAAUACUGAGCCGCGAUACCGAUUCGGUCCAAACCAUGGACAGCCAUACUCGGCGCGCAACGGCGCACAUCUGACCCUCGACAAGGGCAUUCCCGCCCACGAGCUGGCGUCCGAGGCCAACGGCGCCGUGCAAGAACCGCCGCCCAAGAAGGGCGUGAAGCGCAAGAAGGCCAAGCAGCCCAAUGGCAUCGAGCAGCGGCCAGAGCCCGAGACCAACGGCGAGGCAAUGGAGGUUGAGCAGAAUGGCGUCAAUCACGCGACAAACAGCGUUCGCGCCGAGUCUGAAGCGCCAAUCUCAGAAGCCGAGUCGCCAACAGUUGCUGACAUCCCUAUUUCGACCCUCAGCAUUGGCCAGGACGCCGAGAUCCAGACAGAAGUUGUCGCCGACCUCGCGCAAGGAACCAUCUUCAUCCCCCAAUCUAAAGAGCUCGCCAAGGUUGUUCAACACACGUCAUGGGGACCCCCCGGUGCGCCAGUCCUACUUGCAGCUGGCAAAUCAGUGCUUCAGAUACAUUUCGUGACCAAAGAUGCCGUGCAUGAGAGCAGUUCGCCUGUCAGAACAGGGGAUGUAUUCUUACCCGUCGACAACUUCGCCAUCACGGCCUUGUGCUGGCAAUCGCCCGCCGAAAUUACCGUGUCCGCGCGCGAAGAGUGUUCGAACGAAAUAGGCGAAAAGAUGCUGGUCGACAAGCUUAUUAAGCUCAUUGAUGGCGGCUCAAACUCACACGUCAUAUCGUCUACUGCUGGCCUGGUCAACACUCUGCGCUGGAAUCCCGACAAAGAGCUAUUGCUAUCCAUCUCAACCGACGGUGAAAAGGGCUCCAUCAAAGUGUGGAAGAAUGACAGCGACUCGAUACCUACCUGGACAGAGUUCACCGAUACGGUCAUUUUCGACGCGCUGUGGAUAAGCGAAACAGCAUUCGUCGUCUGUGGCAUCGAGCUCUUCAAAAUAUACGAGGUUGGCGACACAUUGACCACCCAACGCACUCUCGACACACAUGUGACAUGGGAAAAUGUCAAGUUCGACCCCUCGUCAGGAAUUGUAGCUGCUCUUGGUGUCGAUGGGCAGGCAACCUACCUUGGCAUCCUACACCCCAACGACUCGAUCAACCUACAGACGCAUGACUACCCCGAUCAAUAUCCCACCGAUCUUGAUUUCCGCGUGCGUACCACGGCAAACACCCUCACGAAUGGAUCUUCCGUCCCAUCCACCCUUCUAGCGACCUGCUCUAUGUCAGGCGCCGUCCGCAUAUGGGAUGCCAACGAACCAUUCAAAUCUGUCAAACGGAUGCCCACAACCGAUGACACGCAGGCACUCAAAAUUGCCUUUUCUCCCAAUGGCUCCUUGCUAGCAGCUGCUGGGCCAGAUGCAGUUACUGUGUGGGACGUUGAACGGAGGGAUGUACCCGUAGCUUGCUGGCGCGCCAAAGACUGGACCGCUGAUAAGUGGGAUCCCAGUGUUAAUGGCGAGUUUAGUCUUGGGUGGGACCCUGAUAGCUCCAGGUUGUCGAUUGCUCUCGGAAAUCAGAUCGCUGUCAUCACCAUCGCUAGGUAG